UCUCGACGCUGCAUUCCCCUCCCCUUCUCCUCUCCUCUCCACCAUCCCAUCGGCGUCGAUCCGGCCGGAGACGUUAGAUCUGUCGGCGAUGGGGUCGCCGCGAAGGCCGCCGGGUCUGGAUCCGGACGAGAUGAAGCUCUUGUUGCGCAGGCGACUUGGGACGGCUGGCCGUGCCCGAGUGGGAGGCCCACCGUCGGUCUGCCGGUACGCCCGACAAGGCAUGGUCGGGUUCCUCACCGCUUCGAGCUCCCGUGCACUGCAUCGCCUCGCCCGUAUUUCAGCUUCUCUUCUCCAACUCCGACCGCCGCCGCCGCCGCUCAAAUUCCUUUGGUGCAUACGCUCCUCUCCUCUACCUCUACGUUUCCCCUCAACUAAUUUGAUGCCUCCUCUUCUCUCUUUUUCUCUCUCAGUGGUAAGCAACACUCCAUGAAUUUAGUUCUGCAGCUCGGUUCUGACUUCUGAAUGUUCUCAUCUGAUUUGCACUAGUAGCUGAAUCCUGGUAUCAGCAGACGUUAUAGUAGUAGGUUAUAGUAUCUGCAGGCUACCGCCAAUUUCAGAUCAUCAUUUCAGUAGUUUGAUCCUUACAUGUUCUAUGUAUGGGAACCGUGGUAUUUCCUGUCAACAUUUUGCUGUCAAACUAAUUACAAACAUGCAUCUCUCUUUAGUAAUUAUAUGUGUAUACAUCUUUGGAGAAGGAGACAAUAAUACUAAGUACGAAUAUGUGAUAUGUUUGCAGGCUGAUACAUUCUUGACACGAACCUCUUCACGCACUACCCGGCCGCUAAGACAAUGCAGCUCUGGAGCCGUCCUGCCAAGACACUGCCUAUUGCGCUCAAUGGACAGGCCAUAGUCAACAGCCUUACUGAAAAUAAUAAGAAAAUGGUGUGGGUUAGCAGAAUGGUAAGGGAUGACGAACUCCACAUAAUACAGGUUCAAGCCAUUGCUGGCAUCAGUCUCCCAACUACGCUGGUCGUCAAGAAGUUCCAGAAUGAAAACCUAGCACUACAAGUGGAUGACAAUGUCAAGUACCACUACAUUUCAGAGAUGUUCCUGUUAGCCAGCAAUUCUCACGACAACAUCAUCAAAGUUGUAGACCUCAUCCAGUGGGAAGACGCCAUCAUGCUUGUCUAUGAGUAUCCGGUGAAUGGCAGCCUUCAAUCCUGGCUGCACCAACCCAUGGAUGCUGGUCGGCCGCUGAGCUGGCCAGUGAGGAGGCUCAUUGCCAUCGGCGUGGCCAAAGGACUCUGCCACAUGCACCACAGAUGCAAAAGACCGAUUAUCCACAACAACAUCAACUCGAACAACAUCUUGCUUGAUCAGAAUUUCAAGCCUGUAAUAGCCAGUUUUGACGCUGCACAGAUGAAUAUGGCCGGGCUCGACCAACCGUUGCCAAUGGUUGGCCUGCCUCUUGGUAACUUUGGGUACGCAGCUCCGGAAUAUGGGGUGGCAGCAAGCGAGCUGACGGAGAAGGUUGACACUUACAGCUUUGGGGUGCUCAUGCUGGAGCUUGUCACGGGGCGGAUGGCCAAUGAAGCUGGAGCCGAUGGUCAUUUGGCGACCUGGGCGUGGAAGAACUUCACUAAGCUGAUGGCAAACCAACAGGAAAUGUUCCAGAGUGCCGUGGACAGGGACAUCCCAGAUCAAGCGCGGUACAUGAAGGAGAUGGCAACUGUGUUCAUGCUGGGCGUGGAUUGCACCGUUGGGAAUCCGCAGCAAAGGCCGUCCAUGCGGAUGGCUCUCAAACGACUGCGCCGCGGCUGUGGCCGUGGCCCAUUCCGUGGCCUCCUCACCUGCUAUCUGCUGUGAUGCUUGUUGUCUUUUCUAGACAUCACGAAUGAAUGGUCCAUAUGAUGACUUGGUUGAAUUAAUUGGUAGAUACAUCUCAAGUACAAGUAGUGAUGUGGAGUGGACUGUGCUGUCUUUUUCUGAGAACAUUUUGCUGUCCUCUUGUGUUCACCUCUGCAAUAUUCUGCUGCUUGUUUUCCUUGUCGGUGUGCAAACACCUACUUGUGAGGAAUUGAGCAACUAGUUUCUGACAUAACAUUAUCCUGGUUAUUGUUAUUUGUUACAUUCUGCAGGGUCACGUUUUAUAUUUAUGUUC